ACCUUCUUCGGAUCCUCCCUUUCAUCAUCUCCCCAACCUCUCGCCGAGACCGAGACCGAGACCGAGUCGCCGCGAUUCGAUUCCGACGAGCUCCGCGUGACCGCCGCAGCCGCCGCCGCCGCCGCCGCCGCAGCCGCAGAAUCUCUCAUGCCGUGAAGAGGGAAAAGGGAAGCCGGAAUCACCGCCCCCGCUUCUCCCUCGCGAGCGAGGUCAGAGCGCGCCAUGGCGGGCCGCCGGGAGGGGUCGCUGAUGCGGGACAAGGGCGGCCAGCCCUCCCGCGGAUCUCGGAUCGCCGCGGCCGUCGCCGUCGGGGUCCUCCUCGGCUGCGUGCUCGCCUUCGUGUACCCUCACGGCCUCUUCGCCGCCGCCCCUACCCGCGCCCGGAUCGCCGCCGCGGCGUCGGCGUCGGAUCUCCUCCAGUCUGGGUCAUCCCCUUGUGAAUCUUCGGAAAAGGUCGUCUCGCUGAAAUCUGACAUUGCAUCGUUAUCUGAGAAGAACACGGCACUCAAGAACCAGAUCAGAGUAUUGAAUGAGAGACUAAGGUCAGCAGAACAAGGAAAAUAUCAUGCACAGAAUCAGUUCUCAGCAUUGGGCGAUCAGCACAAAGCUGGAGCAUUUGGAACAGUCAAGGGCUUGCGGACCAAUCCGACUGUCAUGCCUGAUGAAUCGGUGAACCCGAGAUUGGCCAAGCUGUUGGAUGAAGUUGCCAUAGGAAAAGAGCUUAUAGUGGCACUUGCUAAUUCUAAUGUGAGAGAAAUGUUGGAGGUCUGGUUCACUAGCAUUAAGAGAGUUGGUAUACCUAACUACCUAGUCGUAGCUUUAGAUGAUGAGAUUGAAAAAUUGUGCAAGUUAAAUGAUGUUCCCGUGUACAAGAGGGACCCUGAUCAAGAUGUCGAUGCAGUUGGGAAGAUUGGAGGCAACCAUGCUGUCUCUGGUUUGAAAUUCCGCAUUCUGAGGGAGUUUCUGCAGCUGGGUUACAGUGUCCUACUCUCAGAUGUCGAUAUUGUCUACUUACAAAAUCCUUUUGAUUAUCUUUACCGGGAUUCUGAUGUUGAAUCCAUGAGUGAUGGUCACAAUAAUUAUACGGCUUACGGGUAUAAUGAUGUUUUUGAUGAACCUGCCAUGGGUUGGGCUCGAUAUGCACAUACAAUGAGAAUAUGGGUUUACAACUCUGGUUUUUUCUACAUGAGACCCACGAUUCCUUCAAUUGAGCUUUUAGACCGCGUGGCAGGUCGGCUUUCCAGGGAGAAGGCAUGGGACCAGGCAGUUUUCAAUGAGGAGCUCUUUUUCCCAUCGCAUCCGGGGUAUGAUGGUCUUCAUGCUGCAAAGAGAACUAUGGACUUCUACCUUUUCAUGAACAGUAAGGUGCUCUUUAAGACGGUAAGGAAAGAUGCGAAACUGAGUCAGUUGAAGCCUGUCAUUGUCCAUGUCAAUUAUCACCCUGAUAAACUUCCUCGAAUGAAAGCAAUCAUUGAGUUCUACAUCAAUGGUAAGAAAAAUGCACUGCAACCUUUCCCUGAUGGUUCUGAAUGGUAGGAAGACAAGGGGAUCUGGUCCUUAUCUAAUCUCCAAACUCGACUCGGCUUCUCUUUUCCUAGCUUUUGAUGUACCGGAUAAAUGUGGGUUUUGAUCCGAUGCCUUUCUAAAGCAACGAAAUGUUAGUCUGUAACUUUAUCCAUUUUGUUUCAAUGUAUUUGUUUUAAAAUAGCUGUAUGACUUUCAUUCUUACUUUAUUUAAGUCACAGUGUGUCUGCUCAAAAGACUACACGAACACUCUCAAGAAUGUCCUUUUAUACCUGAAUCACUCCUUUGUAUUUGUAAUGUUAAUGGCAAUUUAUUUGGAAACUGUGAUUCUGCCUGUCCA